ACAGGCGCCGCCUCGUACUUUUUUCUCUUUCAUUUUUUUCUUCCCUUCUCCCUCAAUUUCCUCGAGAAUCUAGCUAGGGUUUCUCUUCUCUUUCAUGGCCGCUCACCUUUCCGCUCCGCAGCAACAGUAGCCUGAUUGCAGGCAGAUUGCAGAAACUGUAUAUCUCACUGCUCUAAUUGUUUGUUGUAUCUGUACUAUCUCGAUUUCACAUGUUUGUGUAAUUAAUUUCUGUAUUUUAUUUUACUUUGAAUUCCGAGCAAUCGUGAGUGCUUUCCUUUACUUUCUGCAACGGUGAAUUGUGUUCGAAGAAAUGCUGAGCGAGGAAGAGAAGAACGAAGCCUCGAAUUCCAAAGAGCAAGAGAAGCCCGAAAGAUCGGGCGAAUUGGGGGUUUUUGAGAAGAGCUGCGACGAUAAAAAUUUAAAUAUAAACUCCGUCAUUGAUGUUUCCGGCAAAAGAUUGGAUUUUCCUCUGAUUUUAAGCGACGACAGCGGAGAGGUUGAAGUUGAGGAGGUUUAUAUGUAUAAGAAUGAGUUGAAUUUGAUCCCGACUGGUGUGGGGAGGCUAAAGAGCUUGAAAACACUCAAGUUUUUUGCGAACGAAGUGAAUUUGUUUCCUGGAGAGUUUAAGAAUUUGGUAGGGUUGCAAUGCUUGCAAGUGAAAAUUACAGAGCCAGGAGUUAGUGCAUUAGAAUUGAGUAAAUUGGGGGAUUUGAAGGAGCUAGAACUGAGUAGAGCGCCACCAAGGCCUUCUUCUUUUUCGAUUUUGAGUGAGAUUGGUGGACUGAAGUGCUUGACUAGGCUUUCUGUUUGCCACUUCUCAAUAAGAUAUCUACCUCCAGAAAUUGGCUGCCUAAGCAAUUUGGAGUACUUGGAUCUUUCAUUUAACAAGAUGAGGAAUUUGCCUGGAGAAAUUGCUUCAUUAAAUUCUUUGACAUCUCUGAAAAUUGCGAAUAAUAAAUUGGUUGAGCUACCUUUGGGACUUUCCAAUUUGCAAAGACUGGAGAAUAUGGACCUGUCAAAUAAUCGACUGACUUCCUUAGGGUGUUUAGAACUUGAAUCAAUGUAUAACCUCCACUCUCUAAAUCUUCAGCAUAAUCGACUGCGUGGUUGUCAUAUACCGUCAUGGAUAUGCUGCAAUUUGGAAGGCAAUUAUAUUAAUUUUUCAAAUGAAGAGUCGUCUGAGAUGGAUGUGUAUGAAGGUCCAAUUGAGGAAAUUCAGUGUAGUCCUUGCUCUCCUCUUGUGCCAUCAAGUCAUUUAAACGGAACAGUGCCUAAUAAUAGAUGUUUAGCUGCACGAAAGGCCAAAGGAUGGAAACGCCAGCAUAAUUUGAAAACAAAAUCUCGGCAGGAGCGAGUAAAUGGCUACAAGAAGUGGAAAGUUGAUUCUACUAGCCUAAGCUCCUUGGGAAAAAGCAAGACAUGCAGAGUUUGUGUGGAUAGUGAUGCUGAACCGUCAGGAAGUGUAUCUGUUGUUUCGGAUGAAGAACUCGACAACAAAGACAUAUUUCUAGAAGGAGAUCUGGAUGAAAUCUCUGUUAUUGAUCCUGGAAAUAAGGAUAUUGAUAGAAAGAAAGGAUCUGCAGGUGGUUGUUCUUGUCCACGAAUCGAUUCUGAUGGUUGUCAGGCCAACAAAAUUUCAGAAUCUCCUUCUGUUAGAGUGUUUGAUGAAGCUUCAUCUUCUGAGCAUCCCAAUUGUUUGAUAAAGUCCAAACGACAUUCAGAUGGAAAUCUUGAUAAUCCGAAACCCACCAAAUCUCGGAGACCGACCAAUAAUCCCUCUUUCCUGUCGAGCCAAUAUAGUGAAUCAUCAUUUUGUGGGGUUGAGGAUUUUCUACCUGAUGGCUUCUAUGAUGCAGGACGGGAUCGGCCCUUUAUGUCUCUGGCAAGUUAUGAUGAAAAUGCGCAUGUUAAUUCACGGGAAGUAAUUGUUCUUGACCGGGAAAGGGAUGAAGCAUUGGAUAUCAUUUUGUUGCGUGCCCGAGCACUUGUUUCACAGUUUAGGCAAAUGAACAGUUUCAUUAACAGACAUAAAGGUUUUGCAGCUGAGAAUUUGCAGAUUGCAUCAUUGCUUGCACUCUUUGUAUCAGAUCAUUUUGGAGGAAGUGAUAAAAGUGCAAUUAUUUGGAGGACAAGAAAAUCUGUUUCUGGUUCGAACUUUAAUAAGCCUUUUGUCUGUACUUGUGCUACUGGGAACAGUAGCAACACAGACAAUAACAAUAAGGGGAUUGCUGAUACCUCGGAAGAUAUUGUUUUUUGGGACAUCUGUGAAAAGUCUCUCCAAUCUAUAAAAACUAGAAACAAUUCAAUUAUAGUUCCUAUAGGUGGCCUGCAGUUUGGUAUUUGCCGGCACAGAGCACUGCUGAUGAAGUACCUAUGUGACCGCAUGGAGCCUCGAAUCCCCUGCGAGCUUGUCCGGGGCUACUUGGACUUCUCACCUCAUGCCUGGAAUGUGAUCAUUGUAAAAAGGGGGGAUUCAUCAGUUCGUAUGAUCGUUGAUGCAUGUCAUCCUCAUGACAUCAGGAAGGAGAGUGAUCCGGAAUACUUUCGCAGAUACACCCCCUUAAGCCGGGCAAACACUCUUGUGGCGGAUCAUGAUAUAAGUCCUAAUGGUGCAUUUCCAUCUUUCUCUGAAUGUGAUAAAUUUGAGAAAUUUCAGUCUACCUCUCUGAUGUGCUGUAAGGUUGGAUCAAUUGAGGCUGCCUUGAAGGUGAGGACCAUUGAUGUAAACGGGGCAUCUUCCGAUGAUAUCAGGAACUUUGAGUUAUCUUGCUUAGGAGAAAUCAGGAUCCUAUCUGUACUGAAGAACCCUUGUAUUGUAGAAUUUUAUGGUCAUCAGAUAUCGUCCCAAUGGACUAAGACUCCAGAUGGUGAACUGGGAGGUCGGAAACUGCAGUCUGCUAUACUGAUGGAGUACAUUAAGGGGGGCUCUUUAAAGAGCUAUUUAGAGAAACUGUCAACAGAUGGUGAGAAGCAUAUCGCUUUGGAAUUGGCAUUAUCUAUUGCUAGAGAUGUGGCGUUUGCGUUGACUGAAAUACAUGCUAAACUCAUUAUUCAUCGCGACAUAAAAAGUGAGAACAUUUUGAUUGAUCUUGGGCAUAAGCGGCAGGAUGGGUCACCUGUUGUGAAGAUUUGUGAUUUUGAUAUGGCAGUACCGGUUCAUUCUCAUAUGCACACUUGCUGUAUUGCACAUGUUGGGAUACCUCCACCUAAUAUUUGUGUCGGGACUCCUAGAUGGAUGGCGCCUGAAGUUUUUGGUGCUAUGCAUAAGCCAAACACAUAUGGUUUGGAAAUUGAUAUUUGGUCAUUCGGCUGCUUGCUUGUGGAAUUGUUGACACUGAGAGUACCUUUUUCCGGAUUGCAAGAAUCUGAAAUCCACAAUCUUCUACAGAGAGGAGAGCGGCCUAACCUGACUGACGAACUAGAUGCUUUAGCCCAAUCAGGUGGGGAUAUUGAAACUGAAUCUGAUAACCUUACAUUUCUCGCUAAACUGUAUCAUCUAUGUACGGAAAAGAAACCUUCUGAUCGGCCAUCGGCAGAUUACAUCUAUAAAUUGUUGCACGCCCGCACAACCUCAAGCAACACAUCGAGUGCUACCUCUGAUAAGGAAUAGGUUUGCCUUUCUGCCAUUGUUUCACUUAUUACCAGAGAUAAUAUUUUUUUGUAGCCGCCGAGAUUGAGCACCUAUGUGCCUCCUUAAAAAAUUUGAAGAAAAAAAAUUAAAAAACCGGAGCCAUAACUAUGAUCUUGAGAUGGAUUAGAUUCAGAUUCACAUGAUUGUCAUUUUCAGUGUUGUAUUGGAUCACUUGUUAAUGUAUUUGAUUGUUUACAUAUA